UUUCAUUUCGAGGCCGCUCUCGCUCUUCAGCAAGUCGAUUCCUCCACGUCUCACACUUCUCUCUUCGCACUACACGCAACGCGCGCUACGACGCCGGGUUGCCGCCAUGAACAUCUUUCGGUUACUAGGGGACUUGUCCCAUCUCCUCUCGAUUCUGAUUCUCCUGCAGAAGAUGAAGUCGUCAAGCAGCGCGUCCGGCAUCUCGUUCAAAUCGCAGUUCCUCUACCUAACCGUGUACGUUACGCGCUACGUCGAUCUUCUGUGGACCUUUUACAACCCCAAUUCGCUCUACAACACCAUCUUCAAGAUCAUCUUCAUCAGCACAUCUGCGUAUACCGUCUACCUCAUGCUCAACGACUACAAGCCGACGCACGACCCGAAUCUGGACACGUUUAAAGUGCAAUACCUGCUGGCAUUUGCUGGAGUAUUGGCCGUGCUGUUCCCGUACAAAUACAACUUCACCGAGAUCCUCUGGGCCUUCUCCAUCUGGCUUGAGUCCGUCGCUAUCCUGCCGCAACUCUUCAUGCUGCAGAGAACGGGCGAAGCGGAGACGAUUACCACCCACUAUCUCUUUGCACUUGGCGCGUACCGGGCCUUGUAUAUCCCCAACUGGAUCUACAGAUACUUCUUCGAAGUUCCGCGCUUCUUCGAUCCCAUUGCCGUCAUCGCGGGCAUCAUACAGACCAUCCUCUACUCGGACUUCUUCUGGAUCUACUACACAAAGGUCAUCCAAGGCAAGAAGUUCAAUCUCCCCGUGUAGGAGCGUCGGGGUUCCGGACGUGUGUUCUAUUACGGUUGUCGAAGCUCUGGGUUCGGCAUCCCCUGCCCGCCUUCUUGUAUCAUAAUUACGGCUCCACCGGAGACUUGAAGCCACCGGAGAAAUCGGUUUGGUUGUGGGUGUAUCACGGCGUUUUGAGGGGACAGACCUUGGAAUUGGGCUGCUAUAGACGAAUGCUCUUAGCAUUUCGGGGAGCGAUUGCUAUUCGUUCUGGUGCUUCCAGUAGUGCAAAAGGAGGAUUGGACGGGUAUACCAUGGCUUAUGUUCCGGUGUUAUCGAUAUGCAAAUGCAAUGCAUCUUUUCGGAGUCUCGCUCCUGCUUUUCCU